AUGGCCCGAAAGCGCAAGAGCGCCGCUAGCACUGCUGACUUGUGCCCGCGGGAUCUCAACGAGAUCCCGUACAUCGCUUGGAUGAACAAGCAGCUCGCGGCCGGCCGCAAGCCCGCCGGCCCCCUGCCCGAUGGUGCGCCCGGUGCGGGAGACACCUCGUUCGAAGCCCCGCGUGACGUGCCUACCCGCGGACGCCCUCAUGCCGACCGGGUUGCAUCAUCCCGCGUCGUGGACGACGAGGCCUUCGACGACGAUCCUGAUUUCAAUGACUGCGACGAGGCGUACGACGACGACGCGGACUCUGGCGAGGAGCCGGACAAGGGCAUGUCCCCCUCCGAGGACGAAGACGACGGCGACGAGGACGCUGAAGACGACGAGGACGUUCCCGAGGAGGCACAACCCACUACCCCGCCUACCCGUCGCGGCCGUGCGUCUACUGCGGCCGGAACCAAGACUGCCGCAAAGGGCGGAGAGCCUCCUCGUGGCGCGUCGAAGACGCGCAACCUGAACCCUGUCAGGCGGAGCGUGUGGUCUACCCGCGAGAGCACCAUUUUCGUCGCAGCUCGUUGGUUCAUGAAGGACGAGUUGGGCGCUCUCCUCGGCAAGCAGGGAUCCCAGUACUGGGCCCGCCUCGUGCGUCAUCUCGAGCAGGAGAACCCCGGGUGGGUCCGCGGCGUGAACGCACUGCAGAAGCAGUGGCGCAACCUCGUUAACGUGUACAAGCAGAUCAAGAAGGGGGAGAAGGCGAGCGGCAAGGGGGCGGUGUGCAAGCCUCCAUGGUACCCGUACAUGGCGCUAUUCCAGAACAACAAGGCUGUUGGUAACCCACACGCUGUCGACGGUGGUGGCGCGGCUCACGUCAACGUGCCGUGCGGUUUCGCGGUUCCGUCGCCAUCAGCACCAUGCACAUCUUCUCCGACUUUCACCGCACCAACGCCGCAGGGGACGCCUACGUCGAAGCGCCCACGGGUGGUGGAGACCGCAACGGUGGCCGCCGCCAAGCUGGUGUGUGACACAAUCAAGGGCUGCCACUCCGACGUGAUGAAUCGUAUCGAAGUCCUCGUCCGCGCAUGGAUGGAGCAGGGUGCGCGGAUUGCACGCGAACGCGUGCAGCAGCCCGCCCCCUUCCCGCCUGCCCACGACGGCAUCCCUGGGCAUGCGACGCCCGCCGCCGAAGGAGGCGACGACGGCUGGCUCCGCCGCAGGCAGGCGGCCGACAACGCCUCUAACCCUGAUGCGGGCGAUGAUGUGUGGGUUCGCGGCGCCGACGAGUGA